UGAAACAACUUGUUAUAUAUACCCUUCAAUUCCCACUGAAGCCUAGAUGAUCUGUUUCCUAUAUCACUAUUUUAUUCCCUUCCAUUUUCUUCAUUUCUCCCCAACCUAUUAGCUUACCCCAAAAAAUACUAGCAAUAGCAUUAGCAGUAGUAGUAGUACCAUUUCACUGCAACAUUCUGAUAAAACUCUCACUUCACUCUCCCUUCUCUUCUUCUUUCCCAUUCCUCUGUUCCAAUAACCCAUAAUUAUUAUUAUUUUGAAAUAUAAAAGAGAGUGAUUUAAACUUAGUACUAGCCAUGGAUAUUGAUAUGCUCAAAUCAUCAUCAGCUUCUGAAGAUCAAACGGAAAUGAUGCUCAUGAUGCAAUUGGACAAAUUUCCUGACUUCUCUACUGGUAACUGUUCUGAAUUCCCAAUUAUGGAGUAUAGUCCACAAGGAAGUUGCAACAGCAACAACAACAACUACAAUUUCCAUCAAAUUGACCAAAAUUCACCUAAUUUCCUCAACAUGCCUUCUACUAUUUCAUUCACAAACUCACCUCCAGUCAAUCAAAAUCCUAAUUUCUUAGCCAAUUCGGGUGGAUUUACUUCGAAUUCGAUGAAUCGGAGUAAUAUGGCAGCAAUGAGAGAAAUGAUAUUCAGAAUUGCAGCAAUGCAGCCAAUUAACAUCGAUCCCGAAUCAGUUAAACCACCAAAGAGAAGGAACGUGAAAAUAUCGACGGAUCCACAAAGCGUGGCGGCGCGACACAGGAGAGAAAGGAUAAGUGAAAGGAUAAGAAUAUUACAAAGAUUAGUACCAGGUGGAACAAAAAUGGACACUGCAUCAAUGUUAGAUGAAGCAAUUCAUUAUGUCAAAUUUUUGAAAAAUCAAGUUCAAUCACUGGAAAGGGCAGGUGCAACUAGGCCAGCUAAUGGUACUGCUGCUGCUGCAGGAUUAGGAUUCCCUGUACCAAUGUCUUUGAGUGGGAAUUAUAAUUUGCCGGUGACUUCAAAAAGUUAUAUGCCUAGUACUACUCAUUAUCAUCAUCAUCAUCAAAAUAUUCAACAAUAUGCAGAUGUUUAAUUAGUUUGAUAAAAGAAUUAAAAAGAAAGAAUUGUACUAAUUAGUU